AAAUCGCAUCUGGCAACUCUGUUCAUCAGUUGUAUUUGUAUAGGUUAAAAUUUAUAAAUCUUAGUUUUGUUGUAAAUAAUGGUCAGAACUUUAAUCAUAGACGAUAACCUGUUAUCAUAUUUAUCAGCCGUAGCAGAUGAAAACGUAUAUGCUGUAGGCCUUAUUGUAGGACAGUCAUGUUUAGACAAAGACUAUGUCGUUCAUUUUGCCAAGACGCCGCCUUUUCAAACGGACGAGGAUAAAAAGGCUGGCAAAUCUGCUCCUACACCUAAAAGUCUAGAAGAUUUCAAUCCUAGUUGGGUUGCUGAUCAUGCAAAACAAGCAACUCGAAUGUUACCCGGUGGAUUGUAUGUCCUGGGCAUUUUCAUAACAGCCCCAGAUGACAUCCUAAACCCAUUACAUUCAAAAAUAAAGUCACUACUACAAACAGUCCAGAAUUAUCUAAACACAAAUAAGUAUCUUUAUGGUAACCAUUCCAGUGAAAAAGUUGUGCUCCAUUUUUCUUCAAAGACAAAGAAAUAUUACAGUCGAAGCUAUGAUGUUAAUAGUCAUAAUGUACAGAACGUUGAUGUUAAGUCUGUUGCGAAAAGAUGGACAAAUGUACAGUGUGAUAUCAAGCUUAACAAAUUAAGGUUUUUGCUCAAAGAAGAAAAUGAUUGGCCUUUGGAGAAACAUAUCAAGAUCAUUAUGGAUGAAAUAUGUGAUAAUUUAUCAACAGCAGUAUUUUUAUUUGAUGGAGAGUUUAAAGACAAAGACGAGCCAUUGGAAGGUUCUGGAAAAAAGAAGUCGAGAAAUACUAGAUCUAAUAAGGGCCAAGAAAGUGGGGAUGCUACAAAACCAGUGUUAGUGUCAAUCUUACAAACUCAGUGCUUACUAAAUGAUACAGAAGAAAACAUAAUCGAAUCUUGUGGUAGUUUACAACUUCUAGGAAAAGUAGCUUCUCAAUUAUGGGUACAGCCAAAGUUAACUGUGAGUCAAGUUAUGGAAGCUGUUAGACAGGAUAUUUUGAGAAGUUUAGCAUCUAGGUUAGAAUUACACUGGGAUUCUUUAAUAGAAGAAGAAAAUUCUGAAGACAUAAACAGUGUCCACGAACCGCCUAGAAGAGUCCUGAUCUCUCUUCCAGAUAGUGAUAUAGCUCUCUCUGAUUAUCUCUUUCCCGGAGAGGGACCACAGGAUGUGAAAGUUUCUUUGGAAGAGCUUUUAGACAUUACUGUAGAUGAUGAAGUGCAGAUCAUGGAUGUAGAAGGCCAAGCAGAUUUAUUGGAGCUCGAUAAAUAUUACAAAGGUGCCUUAGAUAGUGAUUCAACCGAAGACUUGCCGAUAAUAGCAACAGAUCCAACCAAAAUGGUGUACAUAGUGGGGGCAAUAUCGUUGAUUGUCCUUAUUAUCGCUAUAUUGUUUAACUUGUUCUAAUGUUGCGCGUUUUUAUCGUUCGAACUGAGAUUCGUGCAUUUAUUUUUUAAAAUAUAUGUAUUUUUAAGUUGA